AUGGGCUGCGCGGCGAGCACCGAACGCGCCAUCGCCACCGUCUCCUCCUCGUCGGACACGCCGACGAACAACGCAAAAUGGGCGACUUCGCGUUCGACACCGAGUUCCACCACUUCUACUAACAAUCAGAUGACGACGACACAGGCAAGGAACCCCCUCGCUACCUUGUUAGUCUUGUCCUCGUCUAGGUCUUCGCAAUGCCUUCGCUGGACUCCGGUAGUUCGGGCACUUUCCCGUCGCCACGUGGCAGUCUCACCACCGCCUACUCGACGUCUUCCGGAGCUCGAGCCGAGCACAAGUCGAUGAGCGCCGGCUCGCAGAGGAGUAUUCACACUUUGAGGUGGUUGCGUGCCGCUGCUGCUUCUCAUUUUCUAUGCGUGUUUUUUUCUAUCUAUCUAUCGGUGGUGGUGUGUUGGAUGAGCUUGUGUUAACGUCACAGAGCAUUACCACAGCUUUUCAGCUGAUUUUGAACGAAGCUCAUUGUGCUCUAGAUUCCUAGGUACGGAAUGUUUGAGCGCCGAACCAAAAUUGUGAAUUUGAAGAUGUUUUUCUCGAACACUAUUAGAGGCCUGUUUCGGAGGCUAUAACACUGUUCUUAAAAUAGCUUGUUGAGCAAAAAAUGAUUGUCUCCGAACCAGACCCCCAUAAAUUCUUUCAACUCAAUACACCUACGUCUAGACUCUUCUCUUGCUUGUUCGAAUUGUGUCAUUUCGAAAUUGGGGCAAAACACAGAAAACACUGUUCUUCCCGGCGUGGGUAAACACAAAAGUGUAGGCGUUUACUGAACUUUGUCUUUUCGCCAGCCAGAAACGGGCGGUGUCAGGUGAUAAGGCGGGGCACUCUUCUCACACGAAAUGUCAGUAAAAUGUUGCCUACAAUUAUGCAAUGCUCACGACAGUUUGUUGAAAAUUUCUUGUAUAAAUAGAGCCGAGACGGUGUUUGUUCAUCUGCUUCCCCACAUGAAAUGUCGCGCUUUCGGCAAAAAACUCUGGAAAAAAGUGGUUUUUUCGCUCUACUCACGUGAACCUAAGUUUUCCAAUUCCAAUUAAUCCCCCAAAAAUGUUGCCAGUUAGUUCAAUUUCUUGUCUCCACGUCACCGAUGUUCUCCUGGCUGUUCUGUGGUCGUUGCUUCCGCAACCCUAACAAGUAGGACCAAUUUGCACUCGGUCACUUUUGAUUUGACCUAAUCAUCAAUUGUCGCGUAUAAAACUGCCCGCAUCGCUCCGCUCUUCUCCGCAAUUAUCUCGCUCCGAUUACAGGACUGUGACCGACGCAGCGGCCAUCAAUCGGCAGCAACAAACGGCGAAAAUGAGCACCGGAGCCGGAGACACGCCAGUCUACGAGACCGUCGAGCGCGGAUCGCUCUACAGCCUCGACUAUCGGGUCUACAUCAGUGAGUUGUGGAAUAUUAUGCAAGCGCCGGAGUGUGCACUCCGGCGAAUGCACACUAGUAGCUUCUGUUCGAGAACUGGCGUUUUGCAGAGGGACCGCAAGGAAUCGUGUCGCCGUGGCACGACAUUCCGUUGUUCGCCGACAAGGAAAAGUCGACGUACAACAUGAUUGUGGAGAUUCCGCGUUGGACGAACGCGAAAAUGGAGAUGGCGACGAAGGAGGCGUUCUCGCCGAUCAAGCAGGACGAGAAAAAGGGCGUCGCGCGCUUCGUGCACAACAUCUUCCCGCACGUCGGCUACAUUUGGAACUACGGCGCGCUUCCGCAGACGUGGGAAGAUCCGAACCACGUGGUGCCGGACACUGGCGCCAAGGGCGACAACGAUCCGAUCGACGUGAUCGAGAUCGGAUCAAAGGUGGCGAAGCGCGGAAGCGUGCUCCAGGUCAAAGUGCUCGGCACUCUGGCGCUGAUCGACGAGGGCGAGACCGACUGGAAGCUGGUGGCGAUCGACGUGAACGACGAGAACGCCGACAAGCUCAACGACAUCAACGACGUCGAAAAGGUGUUCCCGGGACUGCUGGCGGCGUCCGUCGAGUGGUUCCGUAUCUACAAGAUUCCGGCCGGAAAGCCGGCCAACGAGUUUGCGUUCAAUGGCGAGUUCAAGGAUCGCGAGUACGCCGAGAAGGUCAUCGAGGAGACGAACACCUACUGGAAGGCGCUCAUCAAGGAGGUCUCGCCGCAGCUCAACACGUACUGUUUCAACGAACUUUUUAAGUAAAAUCUCUGUAAUUUUUCAGUGUCUCGCACGUGCCGGAAGCUGUCCAUCAGGCGACCGAAGAAGCCGCCGCGGCCGCCGUCGCAGCUCAUCCGGAGCACGGAGCUCCUGUCGCACUUCCAGGAGACGUCGACAAGUGGCACUUUGUCAAGGGAUGA